CUGACUUCUGGGACAGUGGAGGACAGAUAGCACGCAAGCCCCAGCCCUCCCUUAUGUUUAUAGAGGCGAUAGCGGAGAACUGAUAGCUGGUUCUGAUGCCUUUGGCCUCACACGGAGGAGACUAUAAGCCCCAGAGGACGCUCCCUGGGCCCAGUCCAGGCAAGCAGGAGAGGACAUGGCAGCCCUGCAGGAGAAGAAGUCAUGCAGCCAGCGCAUGGCCGAAUUCCGGCAAUACUGUUGGAACCCGGACACUGGGCAGAUGCUGGGCCGCACCCCAGCCCGGUGGGUGUGGAUCAGCCUGUACUAUGCAGCUUUCUACGUGGUCAUGACUGGGCUCUUUGCCUUGUGCAUCUAUGUGCUGAUGCAGACCAUUGACCCCUACACCCCCGACUACCAGGACCAGUUAAAGUCACCGGGGGUAACCUUGAGACCGGAUGUGUAUGGGGAAAGAGGGCUGCAGAUUUCCUACAACGUCUCUGAAAACAGCUCCUGGGCUGGCCUCACACACACCCUCCACAGCUUCUUAGCGGGCUACACCCCAGCAUCCCAGCAGGACAGCAUCAACUGUUCGUCUGAAAAGUACUUCUUCCAGGAGACCUUUUCCGCUCCGAACCACACCAAGUUCUCCUGCAAGUUCACGGCGGACAUGCUACAGAAUUGCUCAGGCCUGGUGGACCCCAGUUUCGGCUUCGAGGAGGGAAAGCCCUGCUUCAUUAUUAAAAUGAACAGGAUUGUCAAGUUCCUCCCCAGCAACAACACGGCUCCCCGAGUGGACUGCACCUUCCAGGAUGACCCCCAAAAGCCCCGGAAGGACAUUGAACCCCUGCAGGUCGAGUACUAUCCCCCCAAUGGUACCUUCAGUCUCCACUACUUCCCCUACUACGGCAAGAAAGCACAGCCCCACUACAGCAACCCUCUGGUGGCGGCAAAGUUCCUCAACGUCCCCAAAAACAUGCAAGUCCUCAUCGUGUGCAAGAUCCUGGCGGACCACGUGACCUUCGACAACCCCCAUGACCCCUAUGAAGGGAAGGUGGAGUUCAAGCUCACAAUACAGAAGUAAGGAGUGGGCGUGGCUGUCCACCCCCCAGCUGGGUGGACCCUGAGGGACCACUCUUCCUGACUGACAUCAUCGGCUGGCCAGCAUGCACGGCCACUUCAUGGUUCAGAGCUGACACCACUGCCCAUCAGCCGACACCAGGAAGUACUCCUUCCCAGCACUCCCUGAGCACCACCAGCUUUGAACUGAACCCCCACGUUGCAUGUUUGCAAUCCCGUGGGGUUAACACAGAAACUCAGAGUCCGGCUACCACUAAGGGACAACCCAUCUGUAGGGCAUUUCUAUCCUGUGACCAUUUGUCUGUCCUGCACUUCAAUAUGAACUAUGGGUCCACAUCAGUGUAACACUGGUCACCCCGGCCUCCAGUUUCUGCUUCUGAGGCCACAGCCCCUAGGCCAUUAAAACAAACUAUAGUAAAGUUA